GGCCCCGAGCGGGGCGGGACUUGUGGGGCGGUUAUGCUCUGCCCCUUACUUUCUACCUAACUGGCCUGACUGAAAACCCGGCCCUCCGAGACGCGCGUCUCCGACCUUCACGCCGAUUUAGGGCGUGAUCACGGGUGACCGCACAUCCUGCCCUACCCUCGCUUCCGACCCGAGCUCGUGAGGCGACCACGCCCGACGGCCUGCCUGCAGUCUGGACUUCUUCGCGGGCUCCUGGUGGUGGCUCGUUGAGUCAUCUAGCGCUGAGAUGAGCCAGAAUUUAGGAAUCUGUUUCCUUUACUUAAAGUUCUGGUCCGAGUUACAGCUUUAAGUAUGCCGUGCAGGCCUGGGGACAGCGAGAUACCCGUGCACGUCGCUUUACCCCUAUGUCCUGACCUACGAUCUCCACAAGACCUAAUCCUGUAAAAGCAUGUGUUUACCGCCGCACCCGUUUGACCAUAGUUUAUCAUUUUUAAGGGCAGGAAAAGAAUAAAAUGACAAAGUUUGAUUGCUGGGAGGACCUGCCUAUUUGACUUAUGUUCUAAUUAUGGAUACUUGUAUUCCUGACACCUCCCUCCUGCGGCUGAGAAUUCUUCUUCACCUAUCAAAUGAUGCUGCUUAGAAAAACUUCCCAGAAGUUGUGUGGCUUAAAGAAACUCCCAUGGUCAUGUGACUCCCGUUACAUCUGGGGUUGGUUAAAUGCAGUGUUUAAUAAAGUAGAUUAUGAACGCAUCCGGGACGCAGGCCCGGACCGGGCAGCCUCUGAGUGGCUGCUGCGUUGCGGGGCCAUGGUGCGCUACCACGGCCAGCAGAGGUGGCAGAAGGACUACAACAGCCUCCCCACAGGCCCUCUGGACAAAUACAAGAUUCAGGCUAUCGAUGCCACUGACUCCUGUAUCAUGAGCAUUGGAUUUGAUUACUUAGCGGGCCUGCAGCAUGUUGAAAAAAUAAGGCUGUGCAAGUGUCACUAUAUUGAGGAUGACUGUUUGGAGAGGCUUAGUCAAUUUGAAAAUUUGCAAAAAAGCCUGUUGGAAAUGGAAAUAAUUUCAUGUGGGAAUAUCACAGGCAAAGGCAUCAUUGCUUUGUAUCACUUAAGUAACCUCAAGUGUUUGUUGUUAAGUGAUCUGCCUGGAGUAAAAAACAAAGAAAACCUUGUCCAAGCCUUUAAGAUAGCACUGCCAUCUUUGGAACUAAAAUUGGACUUGAAGUAAAAUAGUAAUAAUAACUGUCUUAUUUCAACAUGAGUAUCAUUUGAAAUUAUCAAUCUUAAAUAGUAACAAACAAUUAUCAAUAGAACUAUGAGGAUGUAUUAUCAUAAUAUUUUCAAAGCAGAGUCUAUUAUAUGCAGAAAAAAGUAUUCUGGUGUGACUCACUAAAGUUACUCAAUUGGAAGUGAUUAAAGCAAAUCAUUAAAUCACUUUAAGAGAACUGCAAACAUGGUAGCAUUUUAAAUUCUAAUAAUAUUUCUUAUUUUAUGUAAAUAUCUAUACAGACAUGUCUUGAUCUAGAUAUUUGUGACUCAGAUGUAUAACAGAUACUGUAUUGUAUUUUAACAGAGGCAUGUUACUAUAAAUGUACAAUUAUGAAAGGCUGAAAGCUCAAGUUUAGAUUUAUAGGUGGAGUGAAUUAUGCAAAUUUGUCAGUGGUUGAGACGUUCACAUUGCUUCCAAGAGUUUGUUUGCAUUUCUCAUGAUCUUGCAUUCCUGUGUUCUUUAUAAUAUAUCUCCUGUCUGGGAAUGAACAGUUUCGGUGUAAUUCAUCUAUUUUGUAAGCCUAGUCUAGUUUUGUUAAAACUAGACAUAAAUAUGUCUAGUUUGGUGGAUUUAAAUACUUUAUCUGAUUGCUGUAGAACAAAGAAAACAAUCAAAGAAAGUACAGCUACCUUUAUUUUUUGCUUAAAUUAAAAAAUUGUUUGAAAUAAAAUUUCACAUGUCUAAAACAUUUUUAUUCCCUUGUAUAUCUUGGAUACUACAUCCUAAAAGUUCAAAAAAUAUCCAAAAGAAGUACAAGCACAAAAUUCAGUUUCUAUCUAGAAAGCAGUGAUAAAGAAUAUCAGCUAUAGAUAAAAUAGAUCUUCAUUUUUACUGCUUGAAAUAGCCUUCAGUCUUUUAUUGUUAGCUAUAUACCAACUUGUUUAUACAUAUUUGAUUUAAACUUUAAGUUGUUGAAUGUAAUCUUGAUUGGAAUUAAUUUUGAAAUAAAUACUUUCUACAAUGUGGCAUUUAGGUAGAAAGAUGAAUUUUAAUUGUGUUUGAAACCAACUUAUGUAAAUAGCACUUAGCAUAAAUGAUACACUAUUUACUGAUAAAAUUGCCACUGUCAUUUAAAAAUUCAGAAAAUAGCAAAUAAAAAAGAAUAUAUAUAAUA